AUGAGGAAAUUAUUUGUCAUAUUACUUACUUCCAACUUGGUCAACCGGCCAGAAAACGUGUGGGAUGUAGUGUGGCAACAUCUUGUAGAAGAUGUACAAUUUAACAAGCGCAAAGUGUUGCAACAAGAAGAUUUGUGUUUGUCUGAUGACGAGAAGAAGAAUUUGGCCUUGAUUGAAAUAGAGCGUUUGUUACAGUCGUACAACAAGUCAUUGAAAGAUUACCCUCACAUGCCAAUUCCAAACUACGAUGAUGCUGUGCGGUGUGAAAAUCGAUUGUUGUGGGAUGAGCUUGAUUACGACCGUGAGGCAUUGUUAAAGGAGAGUCAAAUAAUGGAGAGCAAAUUGCCGGAAGAGCAAAAGCUUGUGUACGAAACUGUAGUGAACGACGUAGACCAACAGAAGGGGGGUUUGUACUUUGUCUACGGCUACGGUGGAACUGGGAGGACAUUUGUAUGGAGAGCGUUAUCUGCCAAAAUUCGGUCGAGAGGUGAUAUUGUCAUCAACGUUGCUUCCAGUGGAAUUGCAUCUCUAUUGCUUCCAGGUGGGCGAACAGCACACUCGAGGUUUGCAAUACCAAUUGCAGUCACAAAGGAUUCGACAUGCAACAUCACACAAGGUAGUAACUUAGCAGAACUCGUUAUACAGUGCAAACUAAUAAUAUGGGAUGAAGCACCCAUGAUGCACAAGCAUUGCUUCGAGGCAUUAGAUAGGACAUUGCGUGAUCUACUGCGGUUCACUGAUAGUAAUGCUGGGAACUGGACGUUUGGAGGCAAAACAGUAGUACUUGGUGGUGACUUCAGACAAAUUCUGCCAGUGAUCCCUAAAGGUACACGCCAAGACAUCGUUUCAGCUUCAAUAAACUCUUCAUACCUUUGGGAAUCAUGUCAAGUGCUAAGGUUAACAAAGAAUCUUAGACUUUCAAACAAAGAAUCAACAGUUGAUCUCAAAACAGUUCAAGAAUUUGCAUCCUGGCUAGCUGCUAUAGGAGAUGGCACAAUGGGAGGACCUAAUGAUGGGUAUUCGAACGUUCUCAUCCCUGAUGAAAUGUUGUUGCCAGCUAAUGGUAAUGACAUAGCCACAAUUGUUGAGAGUACAUUUCCAUUGUUCAAGGAAGGCGGUUGCCAACUACAAUACAUAUCAAAUAGGGCAAUUUUGGCACCCACACUAGACGUUGUCAAUGCAAUAAAUGAGUAUAUGACUGAUUUGCAUGUGGCGGAGAGCAAGACAUAUCUAAGUUGCGAUACUGUGUGUAAAUCUGAUGCUGGCAAUGGUAUCCUCGCUGAUAUGCACACUCCUGAGUUCCUCAAUGGCUUGAAAGCGUCUGGCAUACCUAACCAUUCUUUAACUUUAAAGGUUGGAUCUCCGAUAAUGUUGUUGAGAAACAUAGAUCACUCAAUGGGUCUAUGUAAUGGUACAAGACUUAUCAUCACCAGAUUAUCUGAUCAUGUUGUGGAGAAACUGUGA